AAACACACGAAAAGGAAAGGGAAAUACAGGCAAACGCAGGGGUCGUUCAUAUAUGACGUGACGUUCGGCCAUAACGUGCCAUACAUUACGUCAGGAUUUGAAAGGCGUUACGAAAAACGUGUUUUGAAAGCGAUUUCAAUACAAAACUCCAAAUAAAGUCAAAGCGUUUGCGAAACUCAUUGUCUCUUCGGAUCGCAAAUCACAUCCGCUGUCCACUACUUCUCGUCCUCUACUGUCAGUUGACAUUAAGUGUUGUUUAUUGUAUUAAAUCGUUAGCGAAUCCCAGACCUGAAGACAAAAUGCUGAACAUUCAGUCGCGUUCACUAAAUCCGGUCAAUAUCUUGAAAGGCGAGGCCGAAGAGGAGAAGGCAGAGACGGCCCGCUUGUCCUCAUUCAUCGGCGCCAUCGCUAUCGGAGAGCUCGUGAAGAGUACGUUAGGACCCAAAGGCAUGGAUAAGAUAUUGCUGUGUGAGGGACGCAAUGAGGGUCGGGUCGAAGUGACCAACGAUGGCGCCACCAUUUUGCGCUCCGUCGGUGUCGACAAUCCCGCCGCCAAGAUAUUGGUCGACAUCUCCAAAACACAAGACGACGAAGUGGGCGACGGAACCACUUCUGUGACGGUAUUGGCCGCCGAACUGUUGAAAGAGGCGGAGAAUCUGGUGAAUAUGCAUUUGCAUCCGCAGACCAUUGUCUCCGGUUGGCGAAAGUCGGUGAACGCCGCGCGCACUGCACUCGAGUCGGUGGCCGUCGAUAACAGCGCCGACACGAAGCAGUUUCAGGCGGAUCUGUUGAAUAUCGCGCGAACCACUCUGUCGUCGAAGAUUCUGUCGCAACACAAGGAGUUCUUUUCGAAAAUAGCCGUCGACGCCGUUCUUCGGCUUAAGAGUUCGGGCAAUUUGGACGCCAUUCAGAUCAUCAAAAAACUCGGCGGCACUCUAUCCGACUCCUUCCUCGACGAAGGCUUCCUAUUGGAUAAGAAGAUAGGCGUUCAUCAGCCGAAGCGCAUAGAAAAGGCCCGAAUACUGAUCGCCAACACUCCUAUGGACACCGAUAAGAUCAAAGUGUUUGGCGCCAAAGUGAAAGUGGACUCAAUUGCAAAAGUGGCCGAAAUAGAGUUGGCAGAGAAGGAGAAGAUGAAGGACAAAGUGGACCUCAUUCUCAAGCAUAACAUCAAUGUGUUCAUCAACCGACAGCUGAUCUACAACUAUCCGGAACAGCUGUUCUCGGACGCGGGUGUGAUGGCCAUCGAACACGCGGACUUCGACGGCAUUGAACGCUUAGCGCUCGUCACCGGCGGUGAGAUUGUCUCCACGUUUGGUAAUCCCGAAAAAGUGCGUUUAGGUCAGUGCGAUCUCAUCGAAGAGAUCAUGAUCGGUGAGGACAAGCUGUUGAAGUUCUCGGGCGUACCGCUGGGCGAGGCGUGUACUAUAGUGUUGAGAGGGGCCACACAGCAGAUCCUGGACGAGGCCGAGCGCUCCCUUCACGACGCCCUCUGCGUCCUCUCGCAGACUGUGAAAGAGCCGCGCGUUGUGUACGGCGGCGGUUGCACUGAGAUGCUGAUGGCCAACGCCGUGAGCCAAUUGGCCGAACAAACGCCGGGCAAAGAGUCGUUCGCGAUGGAGGCCUUCGCCAAAGCGUUGCGUCAAAUACCGACCAUUAUUGCCGACAACGGCGGCUACGACUCCGCCCAACUGCUGUCUGAGUUGCGAGCGUUUCACUCUCAGGGCAACCACACUAUGGGUCUGAACAUGUAUACGGGAACCACUGAUAACAUGCAAACCCUGGGCAUUACUGAGGCGUUUAUUGUUAAGCGUCAGGUAUUACUAUCGGCUGCAGAGGCGGCAGAAAUGAUUGUAAGAGUAGACAACAUAAUCAGAGCCGCGCCCCGACGUCGUGAGCCCGACCACAGAGGCCACUAAAAUAGGCGCCAUUCGUAUGUUUGCGACCCGUAUUUGAUUGGAUACUAAUAUUAAGGAAUACAUGUUUUUUGUAUAAAUUAUUAACC